AUGGCGAAUCAAACUACCGUCGGCACCGCAAAUUACAGCCUUACUGGGCUACCUCUCAUCUCUGCUAAAAUUUCUCAAGUGUACCAACCAAGAGUGCCGAAUUCAAGUUUUCAAGUUUUCAAUAAUCCAAGGCUACAGAUCGAGAAAAAGGAGAAACGACAUCGGUACAAAGCUCAUCAAGUGAAAGGCCGAAAGCAUAGCUCCACUGCUUCCACAACGGAUACCGUUCGGGUGCUGGUCUUCCCCAUCAUGAGCUAUGCUCUCGACACCCGUCAUCCUACCGUUUGGGAAGUCGACGACCGAGCUUGCAAGAGCCCCCAAAUCACCUAUAUCAGAUUUGCUAUUCACUUACCAUUCGGUAGGAAAGCAAAGCGCGACAUGCCCCACGACAAGCCAUGA